AUCUUCAUACCCCUCCACCAACAGUUCACUCAGAAAAGGAUCAAUGUCAAUCCUCAAGCAACUUGAAGACCGCACAAAGCACAGGCUACUCUUUUUGAAGCUUCCAUCAUUCACUCUCCUUACCUUUGGUCACAUCUGCCAGCACCCCUCCUUAUCCCGUACAGGAAAAAGGCCCCUGCCCAGCACCCCGCUGCUGCUGCCUCCGCCCUAACCUCCACCACAUGCACCGUCAUUCCUCCUCCCACAAGCCCCCACAAACACGCAAACCUAGCCCACCUCAGCCUUGCGAGCUCGGCCAGGGCUUAUACCACAGGUGCUGUUGCGGUGCCUGGUUGUUGACACCGAUAUCCCUGCCCUCCACAAACCCCUGUCAAGAACCCUCUUUCCUCUUUGAUGCCUUACUGCCAGCCCACAUGCUAAAACUGAGGUCAUCCGGAGCAGAGCUGCCCUCGGCCCUGGGCUCCCACGACAACGGUGACUCUGUGAGGCUCCAGGCUUACUGAGCCCCCGUGCCAGCAGGCCACAUCCAGAUGGACCGAGCCUCGAGUUCCCCAGAUGAGUCGAGAGAACGUGCCGUCUCCUCUGAGCCUUGCUCAACCCGACCGAACCCCUUUGACGAAGACGACGGGUCCUCGGCCCGCAAGCGACGCCGCACCUCCCUCAACGGUGUCUCUCGCAGCCGGUCUGCCGAAUCCGAGCAGUCUUGCCAUCAUAGCACUGCCCACCCUGCAGUCCAGGACAAACGGGGUCUGUCAACCGACCAAGAUACUAAGAUGGCGAUGGAUUCCUCGCCCUCGAAGCCACAGACACCCGAGCCACAGCAGCAUCCUGCACAACCCCCGUCCGAGUCGAAACCGACCAAAAUCACUCUGAACUUGAAGAGUAGAAAGCAUGUGCCGCAGUCAGCACGCUUGUCACCUACAUCGCCCGCGGACGCAGACGGAGAGCCUGACGCAAACUACGAGAGUGGUAUUCGUGCCAGUGUGGAGGACCCAGAGCAAGAUAUUCCCGGCGCCGCGGCAGGUAUCGGGAGCCCUGAGUCUUCGCCCUUGGCUGUCGAUGACCACGAGGGGCCCCUAGUAGAAAGCGUGGACGAGAACGACAUGUCCCAGCUGGCGGAGGUCCAGGAUACCCAACUCCAACUUGUCGAUCCCCUGCAGGAUUUCCCGAGUGGCCCAGGUGAAUCCUUGCUAGAUGCUCUGCAGAAUAUUUGUCUCGCACUGCCCAACCACCGAGCCGCAGCACCAAAGCUCACAGUUUGGAUCGAUGAAUACCUGGUCUGGGCGCGCGAGUGUGGAGCUUACACGCUGAUGCAGAACCUUGAGAGACAUCGAGAAUUCUGGAGAGACCUACCGCGACUAAUAUGGGAGAAUACCACCCUACGUGUUCACGCGCGAAACAUGCAGACUCCUGGCCCCAUUUUUGAUCUGCAGAGGGCAUUUGCAAGGCUAACAGCUUUCUUUGCCGAUAUCGACUACUUGCUGCUUCGUGCUGUGGAAGCUGGAGAGAACCCUGUUCGGGACUUAGUCUCGCCUAACUACAUCGCUUAUCUGAACCAGUACUUGGCAGAGUAUGGAGGCGGCAUCAACUACAUUGACGCCGAUCCAGUACUUCUCGAGUCUAUGAGCGGACUGAUUGAUACUUUCCGUUCGUUUCCGCCCUACGACUCAGACACACCGAGCCAGUCUCCUUGUCACCUCGGCCAGCUCAUGGCCUCGCUUGUGCCUCGCAUUCCGAGGAUGAUCGAUCAUUUACACCACGUUGCGCAGUUGGCCUGGAUCAUGCUACGCGAUGCCACCGAGACGCUGCAUCCGUCCCGGCCUGGUCGAGAGGCCGACGAGGAUGUGGCUUUCCUGAGACAGGGAUAUCGUCUCGCCGAGGCCUUGUCACGAGCGCUUGAAGUUUGCAUCGAGAAGAGCAUCAACCAGAUACAAGCGGAUGUUGCUGAGAACUUGAUGGCCUCUCUCACUCUGCUCCUACGCCUGUGCUUGCGUGCAGAAACGGGAAGUGCAAUGGCUGUAGUCAGGGAGCACCGACAAAAUCACCCGGACAUUCCUCCGGCUUACUCUCACGAUGUUAUUGUUGACGAAUGGCGCCUCAAGACUCUGACAAAGAUCAUCAUGUCGAGCCAGAUGCAGCUGAGGCUCCUAGCAGCGCAGAUGAUGUGUCAGGACCUGGUGCGCAUAUAUAGGGAUCAUCAGCCCCAUGGUAUCGAACCAUCUCAACAGUCGUUGCACCGUCAUAUCUCGAACACCUUGUUGCAAUCAGGUGUUGUCACCUACAUCCUGGGCCCUACAUGCCAUCCGGAAGUAACAAGCGUGAGCGGAAACAUCAUCGGCUUCUUGUUUGCAUCGCAUACUUUCACCGAGAAGCAUCUGGAUUUCAUGUGGCAAACAAUGACUACAUGCCAGAUUUCCGGCGUCUCGGAGGGCCUGUCUUCGAUGUUCAUCCAUAUCGGCCAUCUUUUCACUACAGAAGAUCUUCUCGCUUUCUGCCGAAAAGUACAGACCGUUCCCAUCGAGGCUUUUAGCCCCACAAUCAAGGACUUUUGUGUUGCCAUCAUCCAACAGCUCUGUCAUAAGCCCGAGGCCAUGCGAGAGCUGUUGCCCUAUUCCAUGGUGUUCCGCCUGCUGAGGGAGUCCUCUGCACCCGGGCCACCCUCCUACCAGGUCGUCCACAUGUGGGCUGCGCAGACUGUUUCUCAGCUGUUGAAGUCCGGGCCGUCAUCUGAACAUAAGGCGUUACUAUAUGAAGACUGUCUCAAGGAUAUCGCUCAGAAAACACCAUGCACCCUAGGCAGCAUACACGGCCUUGUCUUCUUGUGUCGACCCGUCGGCAGGGAGUUGCAUGUGCUUACGUCGCAACACGACUUACCAAGACUACUCAUUGAAGAGUUCGAGCAUGCAGUCCACACCAGGCAAGGCAAACUGCAUGUGAUUCAUGGCGGGGAAAAUAAGCCUCGCCUGGACAUGCUUUCCAACAUUAUCCAGUACCAACCUGAGGCCAUCUGCGGAGAUCUCGGGCAGAAGCUAUGGGAGCUGUUGGUCGGAAAGCUUGCAGCAUCUCGUGAGGAUCGUUUGUGUGGCUGGCAGUGUCUCAAUGCUGCAUUGACCGCUCGUGAAGACAACCCGUUCCUCAGGAUCGGGUUUGACGUGUACUUAUCCACACUGGCGCCUGAGUUCUUCUGCCAAGGCAGCCUUGAUUUCGCCCUCAAGAAGAUUGCCCGACUGGUCGACGACAAGGACAGCAGUGUCCUCGAUGACGACGAUGACAAUCCACAAGAUCGCAAGGCUAUCGAAGAGUUGUGGAGGAUUGUCCUCACCGCACCCACCAACACCAUUGAGCAGAUGGCGAUAAGAGCGCUUGUCAAGGGGGUUUAUAUCGACAGCCGGUGUAUCCAGCACUUUUCCAGCCACCGAGCACGAAAAGUCCACCUAGCCCUCGUCAGUCGGUGCUUGGAGCAACUGUCUUUUGCGGCGAAGCGUCUGACAGCGAGUGGAGACGAACCGGAUCAUGCCAUGCUGCCCAUUGGGCACGAGAUCAAGGACCAGAGUCUUCUUUUCAGCCGUUCUCUCCAGAUCCUCCAGACCUUCAACAAGCACUAUCACGCGACUUCACAGUUCUCCACUCCUGACAUGAGAUCGCUGGUUUUACCCAAGACCACUGACGUUCAAGGCGAAUCGGCCGACCUCAAGUUUCAGUCUUUCGACGGCGACAGACAGACAGAGGUGAAGCCCUUGCCGAUAGGCAAAGGGAAUACAGCCGGGUCUUUGCUUGCUAGCAUCCGUGAUGCUACCGGUUUUGACAAUUACCGCUUAUACUACAAGGGGCAAGCCCUCACGCCGUCCGAGCAGGAUAUCUGCAGGUCUCUGGAUGAACUUCAAAUCUGUGAGGGACUGAUUCUUGUCAAACGUGAAUCCGAAACAAUUGAGCAACCUGUCCAAGUAAGGCCCGGCGCUUCUGCCGUGGAGAUAGAGAUCCUGCGACACUUCGAGGAGCUAUGGCAAUUCCUUGGACUGGAGGAGAUACUCGCGACUGAGGUAUAUGCUUUCCUCGUCACUCUGCCUGUGGACGACCGCAUACUGGCAACCAUUGAACAAGAGACCCCUAAUUACCACCAUGUUUUCCCGGUCGAUCAACCCUUGAAAUCUCUAUAUGCGGUGCAUGCCAUCCAGGAGCACCUCAGCAUACAAUUCUCUCUGGCCAAGUCUAACAACGAACACGGGCCUUACAACUCCUCCCUAGCACGAGCACUCCGGCUGGUAGUUUGGGCCAUUUCCAACCCCCAAGUCGCAGAUGCAAACUCCAGUGAAGAACUGAGGAUCCGGCUUGCCACAGGACUUGUCGACCAGUUACUGUCCAUCUUGAAAGGUUUGUCGCUGAGACCAUACUCCCUUUUUACCCCACUGACAGCUACAGACCCUUUGCGAGCUCCAACAGUGCCUGAGUGCCUGGAUAUAAGACUUCUGGUGAGACUUGUCAGUAUUAUGUCUUUCUGCAUAAACGCCCGCCCGACAGUCGCUUGCACAAAUCUGCUCAGCAUCGCCUUUCAAGCCAUAUUGGACACGUGUUACUUGAGGGUUGACCUCUGGAAAAUGCUUUGUUCUCGAACAGAUGUCAAGUCUGUCAUAAGAAGGCUCCUUCUUGAUGAUUCCCGGGGCACAUUGAGAAAGACAACUGCACUAGCUAUCGGAGAGAAGACAAUCCGAUCUUUGAACCCUGCAGCUGCUCCUGAACCAGCUUUUCGUGACUACUUUUGGACUCUGUUGCUGGACUUGAUACCAUGCGCUCUAGGACAGCCUGCCACAUGCUCGGAGCUCUUCCAGCUUGCAGUUGCCCUGUUCAAGUCGAUGAAAGAGUCGAAAUCAGAUGUGCUUGACCUACCGGGGACAACUCGGUUCUUGACUGGGCUGCUUUUGGAUCACAAACCCCAAGAGGAUAUAAUCCAACCCGGUUCUGUUGACCUGACAGCUCAGGGUCUUGUUGGAUUGCUGCACUUCAUCUUGUGCGACGUUCAUGACCAAGCUGGUGUGGAAGUCAUACCUCUGAGCUUCGCAACGCAGCUGUUCUGGCAUUAUUUAUUUCCCCGUCGCUGGUCCAGUGGUGAUGCUCUCUGGCAGGGUGAUGUAGUAUACAAUGAGGCCACGCGAUGCCAACUCAUCAACAUCAUCCUAAGAGUUGCAGGGAGAAGUCCAGGACAGACCCAACUACUCAUAGAGGACCUGAGGUCGCUAGUCUCCAGCUCGACAGACGAUGACAUUGAAGAUGGGAGCCUUGCAUAUCAGUAUGAGCUUCCGGUCAACAACUUCGAGCGGUCAAGGGCCAUAAGGUCCCAAUGUGGCUAUGCCGGUCUCCGAAACCUGUCCAACACGUGCUACUUGAACUCGCUUUGCACACAACUAUUCAUGAACUUCGACUUCCGAAGAUUUAUGCUGAACACGGAGGUCAACGGUGGGGACAUUAGCCAAUCUCUGCUUUACCACACGCAACGCAUGUUUGGCCAACUGCAAAGCAGUCAUCGCCGCUUCAUAGAUCCUGAGGCUUUCGUCGCCAGUAUAAAGACCUACGACGAGGAUCUCAUCAACAUCCACAAUCAGAUGGACGUUGAGGAGUUUUUCAAUCUGCUCAACGACAGGUGGGAGGGACAAUUGCGUUCUGAGGAGGCAACGCGACGAUUCCGAUCUUUCUACGGCGGACAACUUGUGACACAGACCAAAUCGAAAGAGUGCGAACACCUCUCGGAGGUACUGGAACCAUUCUCUGCCAUCCAAUGCGACAUCAAAGGCAAGAAAGACUUGUUGGAGAGUCUCAACGCCUAUGUCGAUGGAGAGCACAUGGAAGGGGACAACAAGUAUAAUUGCACCACUUGCGGCCGACAUGUCGACGCUGUCAGGCGCUCAUGCCUGAAAGAAGUUCCUGACUCUUUGAUCUUCCACCUGAAGCGGUUCGAUUUCAAUCUGAGGACCUUGGCACGCAACAAGAUAAACGACUACUUCGCAUUCCCAGAUCGUGUCGACAUGCGACCUUUCACGAUCGACCACCUCAGCAACCCUGAUGCAUGUACCUCGGAAGAUUGGUUCGAGUUGGUCGGUGUUCUCGUCCACACUGGCACGGCAGAGUCUGGGCAUUAUUACAGCUUCAUCCGCGAGCGGCCGACAUCUCGUGCAAACCAGGACUGGUUUGAAUUCAACGAUGAUACCGUGACCCCGUGGGACCCGGCACGGAUGGAAGCAUCCUGCUUUGGUGGCACAGAAUCCUCCUGGGACGGCGGUACUACGUACGAGAAGAACUACUGCGCCUACAUGCUAUUCUACGAACGCUCCUCGACCUUGCAGAGAAAGAAUCUCGAGCUGAAGCAGUCGCUGUCAUCAAGCCCAGUCCAAGCUCCCAUGCCCACAUUACUCGCCAACGCUAUCCGAGAGGAUAACCUGCGGCUUUUGCAGAGGCAUUGCCUCUUCGACCCCCACCACAUCCGGCUCGUAGAUGGUGCCAUUAAGCACAUGCUCGAGACCAGUGGCGGAGUCUGCUCAGACCAACACGACACCGAGACCUCGGCCGUCCAGAUGGCGCUCGGGCACCUUGACCAAGUUGCUGCCAGAGCAAAGGAUACACCCGACGCUGAGAGACUUAUGCAAAGGUUGAGGGAGAUGGCCUCUUCUUGCCCACAUUGUGCUUUCGUUGUUUAUGAGUACUUCAGCGAUCGCCAUGAGUCGUUCAGGAGCUUGGUGCAGCGUAAUUGUGAGCCAGACAUCAGACAAGCCGUGUCCGAUCUGCUUAUGAUAGCUGUCCAGUCCAUCAGGGAGACGUACCCAGGUAACUACUACCCACAUGAAGAAGAUCCCAGACUCGAAAACUUCGAGGUCAACGUUAUUUCGGGAGUCUGUGCCCUGCUCGAAACCCUCUGGGACAAUUUCCAUGUUCACACAAGAUCAUGGUUUGAGGUCUUCUAUCUAAUGGCACGGUUCGUCGACCUUGGCAAAGAGGAGCUUCUCGCCUUUGCAGGACACAACUUCCUGUACAAGACGCUUCUUAUUAUCAUGGCCGAAAGCCUAACAACCCAGGAAAUGGACCAACAGUUUGUCAGGCUGAGCAACACCCUGGCUCGGAGGCAGAAUCGGCCCCCUUCGUUUUCGUCCAUUUUGGAUUUGUUGAACAGCGUGUUUGCGUCUGUCCUUGUCGAUGAACCGGUUGCCAACCACCAUUCGCGCGAGGACCUCUACGUCGAGUCUCCUGAUUCGCCGUUGCGGCUCACUGCCAAUGAAGCCAGCCUGCUAGAGCACAAGUGGGACGCGGGCUGCAACGUAUUCCUGGACAAACUGAUCUGCAUCAACCAGAACCCGGAGGCAACAGAUGGAAUCUUUGCCAGCCUCUUGAAACAGGGUUGGCAGAUGGAGGAUGACAUUCUGGAGACUAUACUGGCCAACACUUCGGUGCAGCCACCGUUCCUCGUCCACGCGCCGUAUCUUCGAGUGGCGGCUGUGUACUGCCGUCUGUGCGAUAACCCAACCAACAUCGACAGAGUGAUCGAGCACAUAGCCAGGCACAGCACCAUGCUGGCAAAUAGCGAGCCCAAGGCAUUGUUGGGUUUCUUCACCAACAGAGCGGUGAUUGACGGGGACCGCGAGUACUCUGGUGAGACUAAGAGGUCUGUCAACAUCCAGUGCCUCGAGUACCUGCCCGUCUGGGCACCUAGUCUGCUGGCGCAUUACGACCACAACAUCAGCAAUGAUGUCAAGCAGGUGAUCUUUGACAAGGUCUUCCGACAUGGUGCUCAUCCGGACUUUGAAGAGAAGCAGGGAGGCCAGGAGCUUGCCAAGGCGGUGGUGCGCAGUGCGAAGCGCAUCGGGAUCGAGUGUCUGCAUUUUGUUGCUGAGAACUACACCAAGCGUGGUACAUCGGUCCCAGAACAGACUGUUGUGGUACUGCAGAGCGUCCUUGAGCAAUGUGGCAGCUUUUUUGAUGCCACUGGCGACGAUGUGGCGGAUGAAGACGGCGAGAGGUUCUUUUCUGAGCGACAAGCUAUCCUGGACAGCCUUCGAAGACUGAGCGUCGAUGACAUUGAGGACGACGGGUCUGGUAUGUCUGGCAGUGACUUCUCCCUUCUCAGUUCCCCCGUUUCCUCUACUCAUCAACAGUGCCAAGGGCUGACAACAUUCGCUCUCGAAGACUGGGAGAACUCGGUGGUGUCGUCUGACCAGAUGGACAGCCUUGGUGACGAUGACAUUAGGGACGCGGACGCUUGAGGUCCAUGGAGGUGGGUGGCUGUGUCUUGCCUGUAGGUUGCUACGCAAGCUACAGGCAAGGAAUCACUGGGGAAGGGGAGGAGCUAGGCGCCGCAAAAGCCGCGUGCCACCAUUGUGAUAGUCGCAUUCAUCCUCGGUAAAAAGAAGGUCAGGAUGGGACACGGUGAGAGUGGACACGGAAGAAUUUCUCGACAACAUGCCACAAGCAAUGAUGAUAGACGACGUGCCAGGCGUCAGGAGUCCAGGUCGAAUGUUAAGGGAUUGGCAUAGCUUACCGGCGUGUUGGCGUCAGGGAUACAGGGCCCAUUCAAUGGCUGGGGCGAUGUGCUGGCAACCCCAUGGUCCAGAUGGACUUGAUUUAUUGUUAUUAAUGAAUUAUGCAGACAGUCACACCCAAAGAGGCAUCCGUGCAUUUAGUGGCAUGUCAGUCUAAUAAGAGCAUCAGUUGCCUGA